CACCCCCGGCAGGGAAAGAUAGCUAACGGAGGCAUGGCGGCUGCAAACCCUUGGGUCCCGGAGACUUCCCCAACCGCCGCGGGGCAGCUCUUAAACGAAUACUUAGCCUCGGGAAUCGUCACUCAGGAGAUACUAGAUUCAUGUAAGAAUCCUGCUCCAAUUUUUGCAAACUUCUCCAGAAUCAAGCAGAUUAAAGAUUUACAGGCUGAAAUCAGACAGAAGACCUUGGAAAUUGACCUCUUAAAACUAGAAAAGGAUACAGCAGAUGUUGUUCAUCCUUUCUUUCUAGCUCAAAAGUGUGAGAUUUUGCAAAGCAUGAAUCAACACUUGGAGACUGUACUGAAGGAGAAGAGGGCUCUUCGACAACGACUGAUGAAGCCCCUGUGCCAGGAGAACUUGCCUAUAGAAGCUAUUUACCACAGGUAUGUGGUACAAUUGUUGGAUCUAGCAGUGAUUUUCAUUGAGAAGCUAGAAGCCCAUAUUGAGGCCAUAAGAAACAUUCCUUGUUUAGACUCUAGUGUGAAAAAUAUGGAUAGGGCUUUGACAAAGAUGAAUGUCUUGGCGGGAGAAACAGAGGAACUGAUAGAAAAUAUACUGAAGUGGAGAGAGCAACAAAAGGAAAUUUCUUCUUCUAUCACCAAAAUAUUUUCUGGCGAUCUCUUCAAAAAAAGCAUGAGACUGUAAUCUCCCUUUCCAUCUCAAGGCCAGCUGAUUCUUGAUACCAAGCGACCACUGACUGUUUUCUUUAUGUGGAUGGCUGAUGUCCAUUCAUAAUUGAUUAUGGUGGGAAAUUUAGGUUUUCUUGCUAAUUGUAUUCAUGAAACCUUUUUCUUAGUUUUAUUUGGGGUUGUGACCAAAUCUGAUUUCACUUCUUUCACAUGAAUGGAAUAAGAGGUAUUAAUUAAUAUGAAGAAAAGUGUAUUUCAUUCUCACUGGCAGCAGCUGGACAUGGCAAAAAAGCAAUUACAUACACAUUAUUAUACAGCAGUUAACAUACUCACAAGAGACUAUCCAAAAAAGUGAAAAUCAUUACAAGCAAAAAGCUCUUCAAUUAGGAAAGCUUGAAUCUGACAUUACCUCUACUGCUUUUGGAUCUCUCAUGGGUCAUCAGCAACCUCUUAGUCCUUGAGUAAGAAGAAAAAAGGCUGAGUAAGACGAUAAUUGACCCAGGCGGAUCUAAAGGGAUAGUCACUGAGGAAGAAAGGGACUAGAAACAAGUGAGACUAAGAAAAAAGGGUCAAGAAAGAGGAGAUGCAGGUGGUGGGAAGUGGCACUUAAUUGUUUUAGACUGCAUCCGAUUUUAUUAGUGCCAUUACUGUUCUCUUCUAUUUUUCUUUUUCUUUUUUUAUUAAAAAGAAUUUGUUCUAUA